UGACCCACAAUGCAUUGCGAUUGGCGGCAGGCGCGGGGGGCGGAGCCAGGGCCGGAAGUAGAACGGUAGCGGUGGCGGUGGCCCUGGGAGCUCGGGACUGAGUGCAAGUACUGUAGAAUCACCAUGAUUCUUCAGAGGCUCUUCAGGUUUUCCUCUGUUGUUCGGUCGGCAGUCUCCGUCCAUUUGCGAAGGAAUAUUGGUGCUUCAGCAGUGGCCUUUAAUAAGGAACUUGACCCUAUACAGAAACUCUUCGUGGACAAGAUUAGAGAAUACAAGUCAAAGCGACAGACAUCUGGAGGACCUGUUGAUACGGGCCCAGAGUAUCAGCAAGAUCUGGAGAGAGAGCUUUAUAAGCUUAAGCAAAUGUAUGGUAAAGCAGACAUGAACACAUUCCCUACCUUCAAAUUUGAAGAUCCCACAUUUGAAGUCAUCGACAAACCUCAGGCUUGAAGAAAUAAUGUAAAAUUAACCUGGUAGUUUGUCAUGGAUUUGUUGUAUAACCAAUAAGUAUCAGAAUAAACAAAAAGUUCACAACUAUCCAAUGUUCUUUUAAUUUUGAUUUCAAAUAAAUUAUUUGAUGAUGCUGAACAUA